UUUUACAUGGACAAGAGAGCUGACUUAGGAUCAACAAACUCAGGUGUGAUGGGAGCUGUAGGAGUACCUCUUACUGCACACUGCGUUGUUUUGUCUCUCCUCCAGAUGGUAGCAUUGAGUUCAGAACAAUUCACUGUGAAUGGCUUAGAGAGUCCAGUCUUGGUUCCAUUGGGUGGAAACCUAGAACUCAGUUGUCAGUUGUCUCCACCACAACAAGCAAAGCACAUGGAAAUUCGCUGGUUCAAGAAUCGCUAUUCAGAGCCAGUAUACCUGUAUAGGAAUGGUAAAGACCUUCCUGGAGAAAUUGUCUACAAGUAUGUAGAAAGAACUGAACUCCUGAAAGAUGACAUUGGGAAAGGGAAAGUAACCCUCAAGAUCUUUAAAGUAACUACUGUUGACAGUGGGUCCUACCACUGCUUCUUCAAAGAUGACAAAUUCUAUGAAGAGCAUAUCAUAGACGUCAAGGUCACAGCUACAAGCUCAGACAUACAGAUUCUUAUGAAUCCCCCAAAUAUCACAGGUGUGAGGUUGGAGUGUCAUUCAGGAGGUUGGUUCCCAAAGCCUCGCAUGGAAUGGAGAGACAGCAAAGGAGAGUACAUUCCAGCUACAUCAAAAUUCCAUUCACAGGAUGAAAAUGAAGUUUUCAACAUGACAAUGGACCUUUUUAUUAAAUCCAACUCCCACUGGAGUGCAACCUGUUAUAUUCAAAACUUUGUAACUCACCAAGAAGAAAGCAUAAGUAUUGUCCUACCAGGUAAAAUGUGCAUUCUUUCUUCACUAACUGCCACUCUCACACAUACUUGCUAUUCUAUUACAUCUUGACUUGGUUUCUAAAGACUUAUUUU